UCUUUCUCCCCUUCAUCUCACCUCCAGCCAGCGUGAGCUCCUCCCGCCUGCUUUUCGUCCACUUUCUCUUUUUCUCUCUCUCUUUAUACCUCUCACUCUCUCUGCUGUCUCUUGUCUUUUAUCUCUUUCUCCCUCUUUCUGUCUCUUUCUCUGUCUGUCCUCCACUUCACGUCUGCCGCCAGAAGCUUGCAGGCUCGCUUGUCUUCCCUCAACCGGUGAGGAUCCAGAAGCACUCGGGACGAAGACUCUGUCACUGGAGCCAAGAUGGCAAUGAGCAGCAUCCUCAACAAUGAUGACAUCAAGAAAGCUCUGGAUGCAUUUGCAGUUGCUGACUCCUUUGAUCAUAAGAAGUUUUUCGAGAUGGUGGGUCUGAAGGCCAAGUCUUCUGAUGAUGUGAAGAAGGUCUUCACGGUGCUGGACGCCGACAACAGCGGCUUCAUAGAGGAGGAGGAGCUCAAAUUCGUCCUAAAAGGCUUUGCCAAAGAUGGCAGGGACCUGACAGACAAAGAAACCAAAGCAUUUUUAAAAGCCGCGGACAAGGAUGGAGACGGCAAGAUUGGGGUCGAUGAAUUCGCGGCCCUGGUGAAAGAAUAAAUAGUCACCUAGUGUGACUGACUAGUGCUCCAAGAUCCCCUCCUAACCACUGCCACAUCCUGACACCCGCUGAGCCCCCUUUCUCCCUUCCCAGCACAUACGCUCCACCACCCCACCCUGACCGCCAGCCCACUAGACUGCAGCUAAUUCCUGCUACACACACUCCUGUGUCCCACCCUCUCAUACCCACACAUCCUCAAGUACCCCAACAAGCUAUAUUCGUCCUAUUUAUUUUAUCCUUUUUAUAAACAACUGUUCUUGUUUCUGUUUCUGUAUAGAUAUAAAAAUUGCCUGCAGGAAUAAGCCUCGCAUUUUAAAGCAUAAAGUAGAUAUUUAAAGAAAACAGAGAUUUUAGAGAAAGACUCUCAUUUCCUUCUGUAUUUCUAACUUCACCCUGUUUCUUAUCUCUUUGUGUUUCGUAGCCAACACGUCCUCUCACUUUCCCUCUUUCUUUUUCCUUUAUAUCUGUUUUUCUCUUUGUUCUCUCGAUUUCACCUCAGGCACUGUUCCCUACCUGCAUUUGCUCCCCUCUGUCCCCUCCCACACCAUCAACCACUCCAUACCUCUAUCUAUUCAUCUCUAUCCAUCCCUUUCUCCUCUGAUAAUGAGCUGUUGUAAAACAUACCAAAAGAAGAAAGAGGUCAAGCUGUGAAAGAAUAAAAUAAAAUGACGAAAACAAAGCCUCGAAAAACUGACUCACUCUGACCCUUCUGUUCAUUUCUUUCCUCUAUGUGUUUCUCUCCUCUGAUUUCACACUUUAACCCAGCUCUCCAUCUUUCCUUCUUUUUUCCUUUCUUUAUUUCGCUCUCACUCCUGCUCUUAUCAAGCACAACAACUGAAGCAUAUCUCGACAGCAACCUAAUAAUGUAUAAAGGGUUGUACGAUAAAAAGCUUUUGUCUUUAAAAAGGUCAAAUUAUCCCUUACUUUCAUUUAUAAGCGUUCAUUAGAACUGGCUUUCGUCUAAGCAGUAAUUGGGGAAAAGAAACUACAUAAAGAAAACCUCUAUGCAGUUACAGAUCACUGAGGAGCCUCUUUCUGCCAAUGUUUUCCUCGCAGUCCACAUUACACUAUGAAUCUAACUUCAAUGAAGGAGGAAAAGGCAGGAAGAGGCCACAUUACUCCCCCUGCCACAGAGUCUUUAUUCAUAAGCGGUGUGCUAGUUUAACAGAACCAUACUGUCAAGCCAUUAGCAGAAUUGAAUUCACACUGAGGUUCAAUUUGGGUUAAGUAUCCCCAACGGAGGACCCAAAAAGGCAAUGUGGGAAUCCUGAUCUUUAGUAGGCCAUUAUACUGCCUGAGCAAAUAAACACAGAUCUGAAGCUUAGAGGCUAUCACCUACACGACAAGAAACAGUACUGUUGAGUUCAGUUUAGCCCAGAAAAGCACACUGCUUGUCCCAACAGACUGUUUAAGUCAGGGUGAUUCAUAAGAAAGAUAAAUGGUCACUGGAGAGAUGGCCUUUAUGGGAAGUGGCAUGCAGAAAUUAUGUCUUCCAAAGUGAAAAUUGCUACUUAAAAGCAGAGUAUGACAAUUAGGAGUGUGACAUACUUUAAAGGCCCCUAUAAGAUUUUCUCAACCAGCUUCUUUUUAUGAGCGAUGGGCUUCUACAUGAAUAUGUUAGUUUCUACCAAAGUUAGAGCAGUUUUGCUUAUUUCAUAAGAGAGGUUUUGUUUGUUUGUUUUUGUUUUAACUGAGCUCUCAUCUAAAUUGGGUGUGGCUCCAUCUGGAAAAGGUGAUGUCAUGAACUUGUGUGCUCCAUUCAGAAUUUACCAACAUCAAACCACACCCCCACAGUUUUUGAGCUUUAAACUCUUAAAAUAAUACCUAAGAUAUAAUACCUAAUACCUACCUUGAUUAUUGUUUAU